GACCGACUUUGAAACAUCGUGAGAAGGGAAAUCUUGCGGUAUCUAUUUCGUAUAUAAACCAAGAAACGUUUGCAACAUCUUAACAUAUUUAUCAGCGGGGAGUUUUAUAGCGCUGUAGCAAUCAUGCAAGCAAUCUGUGUUUUCAUUGCUGUCAUCGCGGCAUGUCAUGCCGGCACAACAACCCAUCGACCCCAUGUUACUCACACUACGCAUGCGCACGUAACUCACACUACGCAUGCGCAUGUAACUCACACUACACUGGAGCCAGGGGAAACGGACACGCUCUCUUUCCAGUUUCUACCAACCACUCUCCACUUACUGGUAAAGACUCACCCGGAUAAAACGACCUACAACUGCUACAUCGCCGCCCUCUCCGACUCCGAGCAUGCGCAGAUCCACACUGACGCGGGCAUGACUGCCGUCGAGCUGAGAGUCCUCGCCGCUCUUGGAAGCGCAACGGCGGUCACUGACGCCAGCACGCUGGACAAACGUGACGUAAAUGCAUGUGGCCAUAUGGGUACCCUACAGACCCAUUUCUUCACCAUCACCGUCUAGGCCAUGUUUGCACAGAACUCACAUCUUUUAUGAUUACAUAAUAACAAAAUAAAUGUUUAAAAUGUA